ACAUGACAAAAAGAUGGCUGCGCCCAGGCCUGGAAACACAGAGAGGGGGUGGAAUGAUCCUCCUGUUUUUGACUAUCAGUCCUCUAGUGUCCUCCAGUCUACACACAAAAGGACAAACCUGAAUAAGAGAGUUGCCUACCCUUUAUCUAAGAAAGAAGAUAAAGCAACAAGUGACAGUUCAGGUACCACAUUGAAUCCAUCAGAUGGUCCCCCUGUACUUACUCCAGCAUCUCUACAUGCUACGUCACUAAAUCCUUCUGAUGGACCCCCAGUAUUUAUACCAGGAGUGAACCCCUCCCCAGUGCAGCUUCUGCCACCAGUGCCUACCACCUGUGCCCCUGCCCCAGUUCCUCUCCUAAUUCCCGGGAUGGUAGUGGCACCAUCUGCUGUAACUACAGAUGUACCAGAAGCCACAAAGGACAGUUUUGCUGGGUAUAGCUGUCUAGAGGAGGCUGUGGAGGGACUGAAGCUCCAGAGUCCUACAGAGUUAGUAGAUACCAUCACAAACUCACUACAUGAGGGUCUGGAGAAAGUCAAGUCCUCAUUAACAGAGAGGUCUUUUGAUGAUGUAAAGAAGAAGAUCGAAAUGUUUGGAGAGUCUUGGGAGAAAUUGUCUAACCCUGUGAAAUGUAGAAUGUGCAGCAUGGCAGAUGCUCUAAAAAAGAACAUCUAUGAUGCAGCAUGGUCCAUUCAUCAGAAUCUGAUGGUAGACUACACAACAGAGGUGAAUAUUUGGAUGGUUGGUGUAAAAAAGAUCAUCCAUGAGUUAAAAAAUCUCCCAGAACCGUCCCAGGCACCUGCUGAAGAUACAGAAUCAACUGACAAGAAUGACAGUCAAGUGACUCAGUCAGACUCCAAUUCUGAGACGGGAACCAGUGUUGAUCCUGUACCAGAAAACCAAGGUGUGACAGACAGUGAAACAAACGCACAGGAAGUAGACAAGCAGCCUGACACACAGACAGACAAUGAUACAGAGGAAAAACCACAAAGCAGCACAGAAUAAUCUCAAUGUGAAAGGUGAUAGAGUCACAAAAAUAUUUGUUUGGGGUCAAUGUUUCUGCUGGCUGCUUUCACCCCACUAAAAAAAAGAGUAAAGAUGAAAAUGUUAGGAAGGAAAGAAAAAUAUGUAAUUUUUGGUGUUGGAUAGAUAAAAAUAUGUCAUGUAAUAUCAUGAUUGGUAAAGGUUCAGAGAAAUUGUACAUCUGUCAUCUGUUUUUGGUAAAUAUUACAGUACAACACAUGUUUUUACAAGAGCUAUUUACACAGAAGAAGUAUACUAAGUAACAGUUUCAAAAGGAAUUUAAAAUUUAUUUUAUACAUAUGUGUACCAUUAGUUGAUGCUUAUUUUUAAUUGUUUUGAGUGGGAUCUGAGAUCACUUUUUAGUGGCAAUACAUUGUAUUUAUCAUGUGGUGCUUUUUUCUAGAUGAAGUUACUAUAAUUGUACCAAAUACAGGCAUUUAAAUUUUGGUAUCUUGAGUGACAUGGGCUUUGUCAACAAUAUUGCUAUCCUGGUCCAGUGUUUGGGCUGUUUUAGUAUAUAUACUAUACACUGUAUGUGUACUUAAAAAAACUGGCUUCAUAUUUUAGUGGCUUCCUUGCUGACAUUGAUUGCACUAAUUCAUAAAUACCACUAGAAGUCUUAUAUGAAUACAAUAUACUGUGCAGAAGUCUGUGGUGCAAAUUCCUGAAUACAUCAACGACUCAAUACCCAGUGAUUGGCACUGAUUGCACAAAAUUUUCAAUAUGCCAAUUUAUGUACACAGACAAUAAAAAAUAAAUGAUUUGUGAAAACUUUUGUAAUGUCAACCUCUCCAUGUUGACUACCUACUUAUCAUAUAUUCACAGUCCCAACCAUAAAAUUAACUUGGUAUAUUUUGAACUUGAGGCAAGUACAGUAAUAAACAAAAAGAUGAAUUGCUAAAAAUAGACAACUUACUGACUUUAUGUCCAUAACAUACCAGACCAUGUCAUUUUUUAACUAUGCAACAAAAAAAAAAACAAAAAACAAAAAUGGAAUGCUGAGUUUAAGCUUUGAUUUCUCAGUUAUUUUUAUAUGUUGACAUUUUUUCUGAAAGUCGAAGAAAUGUUGAGAUACUGAAGUUUACCUAUAUUCCUAUAAAUGUUUGUACCUUGUGUUAUCAAAUGAAAUGCUUGUUUUGUCUUAAUUAGAUUUGCACGUUGGGAUUUUGUAAUUACCAAUAGUAACACAAAACUUGAACCAGAUAAGUAUGUACAUGUAUAUACCGUACCUGAUGGAAGAUUGAAUUUAUCUUAAUUUUAUGUUUAAAUGCACACAUACUAUUUACAUAUUGCUUAGUCAGCUUCAAUAUCUAAUUGUAAUUCUACGGAAAUCAAGUUUUGUGUCUUAUUCUUAUAAAUGGCCAUCAGUGUAUCAAUAACGAUACAUAAUUUAAUUUUGUUUGUAUUCUAGCCUCUCAUUGGUUGAUUUCCAAAGAGGAACGCAAAUUAUUUUGUAUAAUCUGGUUUGGUAUGGGGACACACACCCUUGACAACCAGGUGAAUCAUCUGUAUCCAUGCAAUCCCCUCAUUUCCAGCCUCGGGAUUCAUGGAAAAUUCCAGAUUUAAUAAAUGUACCUUUAACUUCAAACAGUAGCUCGAUCUUACCUCAUGUAAACAAACAUUAUGACUGCUAGGUCUAUGUAUCAGUUAUUACCUUCCCUUGCUUCAAAAUUACUUCCGUUGCUACGGUUGUAUUAUUGAGUGGCAAAUUCGAACUCAUAAAAAGCAACACAAUUUUACAUCCACAGUCGUUUAAUUAUUCUAAAAUUAUAUUAUAAGGAAUGACUGUAAUUCUUGGCCAAAUUAUUCGAGUAUAACCUGGUUUGGGUCAGUUUACGCUUUUUUCCGCUUUGCGGAUUAUAAAGCGUAAACUGACCGAAACCAGGUUAUAUAGAAUAGUUUGGCCAAGAAUUACAGUCAUUAAUUUUAUAUUAUUUUGGAAUUUAGAAUUUGACUUUGGCAUUUCAGAGUGAAAACCAUGAUUGUACAUGAAUUCAACAUUUAAAACUUUUUUUUACAUUGUAAAGAUUAAGAACACUUUUGCAUUUUAUACCAAAUGUUUUAUUCCACACUUUUAUUGGUUUACUGGUAGAAUUGUAUGAGGAGUAUGUGAUAGAGAAUCAAGUGCAAUAUUGUUUUAUUAGAUUUGAAGAUUGAAUUUAUUUAAAUUACUGACAUAAAAUGUGCAUAGUGGUGUUUAUUGUACAUGUACAUUAACAACGGGUUGUUAUGAAAUAAAAAAGGUAACAAAAAA